AUCAACUGCAGUUUUCAAAACUCGGUUGAAUUUUCUCAGCAAGUAUUCGUCCACACAUCAGGCAGUCCAUCAUUCAGCUCCGAUGAGCUUGAAAUAGUUGAAGGGAGCAUUUUGGGAAAGCACUACAAGGUAGAGGCUUUCCUCGGAGAAGGGGGCUUUGGUAUUGUAGCCAAAUGUCGCGACACAACAACCAACCGAGCUGUUGCCAUUAAAGUCAACAAGAGCGACCCUGAUAUUCUGCAACAGGCACAUGUGGAAAUUUUCAUCCUGGAACAGCUGCGAAGGUUGGAUCCAGAUGCCGCCAACAUUGUUCAAUGGAACGGCUUUUUCCACGACGGAGAGCGGGUUUGCCUGAAAUUUGAACUGCUUGAUCAAUGCCUGUGGGACUACAUACGGGACCGGAAUAAACAGGGUCUCCCCAUAAGCGAAGUCAGGCCAAUUUUAGGUCAACUCACAAAUGCUCUGUCCCACCUGAGUUCUGUGGGAAUAGUGCACGCUGACCUCAAACCUGCAAACAUCAUGGUUGUAAACCGCCAUGAGUCUCCCAUCAAAGUCAAACUUAUAGACUUUGGCCUCGCAUGUCCAGCGUCUGCAGUGAUGCCUGGUGAAUUUGUGGGGACGGUUGGUUAUUGUGCACCUGAGGUUAUGCUCGGCCUUCCUUACAAUGAAGCAAGUGACAUGUGGUCUCUGGGGCUGGUAGCUGUGGAGCUUGCUACAGGGGUGCCACUCUACCCUUCGGAGAAUGACUAUGAUUAUCUGAAAUUCAUCAUAGAGACUCAGGGUCAGCCACCAGAUCACGUGCUAGACUCUGGCGUGUACACUGAAGACUAUUUCAUUGGAGAC